GACACCUCCCAUGUCUUCAACGGAAUCUUCUUCAAUUAUAAACCCUAAUUAAACCCUAGCCGGGCAAAGAGGAAGAAGAAGAAGAAGAAGAAAGUCGCCAGUUUGCUCGGGAUUUUCGGAAUUUCUCACCCUGCAGUAGCCGCUCAAUGGGUGCCCCCGUUGUUAAAAAGAAGAAGGGUGCGAAAGCACAGAAGCCCCCACCUAAGAAGAAGCUGAAGAAUGAUUUAUUCGCCGAGAAGAGAUCGAAGAAAGAUGAUAUUGUCGAGGAGUCCGAGUCUGACGACCCGAACUAUGAAGAAGUCUCCGAAGAGCUCGGAGAAUCUGACGGAGAGGAAGGAGGGUCUGGUACUGAGUCUGAUGCGUCUUCCGGCGGAGACGACCCUCUCGCGGAUGACUUCCUCCAAGGGAGUGAUGAUGGAGAGGAAAUGCCCGGUUCGGAUGCUGAUUCUGACAAGGAUUCAGACUCCGAUGAAACUGAUAUUGAGAUAAAAUCUGAAAUUCUUGAUGAAAGAAGGAAAAAGGAAGAGAUAGAUGCAGCAGAUGAAAUACAGCUCAAUAUCAAGGACGAAUCAGAUGAGUUCAGAUUGCCAACAGAGGAGGAGCUGGAAGAAGAGGAGCAAAGACCACCUGACCUCCCAAAUAUUCAGAGAAGGAUACGAGAAAUUGUUCGAGUUUUGUCAAACUUCAACGCCCUGAAGCAAGAAGGAGCAACAAGGAAAGACUAUGUGAAGCAGCUAAAGAGGGAUCUGGCUUCGUAUUACGGUUACAAUGAAUUCCUUAUUAGUGCGCUAGUUGAGAUGUUCCCACCUGUUGAGCUUUUAGAACUUAUUGAAUCAUAUGAAAAGCCUCGGCCUAUAUGUCUAAGAACAAAUACAUUAAAGACUAGGAGGCGGGAUCUGGCAGAUGUUUUGAUAAACAGAGGUGUCAACUUGGAUCCAUUAAGCAAAUGGUCGAAAGUUGGAUUAGUUGUUUAUGACUCACAAGUACCUAUUGGUGCUACACCUGAAUAUAUGGCUGGUUAUUACAUGCUACAAGGUGCAAGCUCAUUUCUGCCCGUGAUGGCCCUUGCUCCUCAAGAGAAGGAACGUGUUGUUGACAUGGCAGCCGCCCCCGGUGGUAAAACAACUUAUAUUGCAGCUCUUAUGAAAAAUAGUGGAGUAAUUUUUGCGAAUGAGAUGAAGAACCAAAGACUGAAAUCUCUCACCGCCAAUCUGCAUCGGAUGGGGGUGACAAACACCAUAGUAUGCAACUAUGAUGGGAAGGAGCUUCCCAAGAUCUUGGGUCUGAAUUCUGUCGAUAGAGUGUUGCUCGAUGCACCCUGUAGUGGGACUGGGGUUAUUUCCAAAGAUGAAUCUGUCAAGACUUCUAAAAGUGUUGAAGAUAUCCAAAAUUGUGCCUUUCUGCAGAAGCAACUGAUACUUGCAGCAAUUGACAUGGUUGAUGCCAAUUCAAAAUCUGGUGGAUAUAUUGUUUAUUCCACAUGCUCCAUCAUGGUCCCCGAGAAUGAAGCAGUAAUUGACUAUGCGCUGAAGAAACGUGAUGUCAAACUUGUACCUUGUGGACUAGAUUUUGGUCGUCCUGGGUUUGUCAGUUUUAGAGAACAUCGUUUUCAUCCGUCUUUAGAAAAGACAAGGCGCUUUUAUCCUCAUGUUCACAAUAUGGAUGGAUUUUUUGUGGCCAAGUUGAAGAAAAUGAGUAAUAGAAAGCAAAGUUCAGCACCUCCUGCUUCAGCUGAGACGACUAUGGAAGAACCUUCGGCAGAUGAUGAGGACAGUGACACAAAGAACGAAGAAGAGAAAGCUCAACAGAAUCCGACGGAAAAGGGCAACUUGAGAAACAAUGGGGUCGUUGAGAAUGGUCGGGUCAAACGCAAGGAGAGAGAAUCUGUUUCUGGAGAGAAGAAGAAGAGAGAGAAGAGAAAGUUACCGUCUAGAGAGGAAAUAUCAAGAAUCAGAGAGGAGAAGAGAAAGGCUCUGCGGGAAAAGAAGGCUGUGAAGAAGAGUGGAAAGUGAGAUUUUCAAUCGGUAGAAACACCAAAGGACACGUAUUCUUACGACAUUUGCGGAACCUCAUCACAUACCUCACCAACCAAGCAAAGUUUUGGAAGAUUGGGUGAUUCGACCGAAAGAGGGUACUCAGGAAUGUUGGUACUGUCUGAGCUAAACAGAACUUAAUCAUGCUUGAAGCUUUAGCUUACGAUGAAGACAAUGUGGAACUGAAUGGGCGUAGCCGCCCUUAAAAUUUUGAUUAUUGAUUUUUACGUGUUAAAUAUAUAUGAUCUUACUGCUUAAUUGUGAUCAGAGAAAUGAUCCAGAUUUGGAAGAAUGGAGAUGUUGUAAUUCCUUGAGUCGGUUC